AUGAAAGUUAUCUAUCUUAGUAACGAGUAUCGAUUGGAGGAGCUUCCAGAUCUCUUCCGUCAGUUACAUGAACGAAGUAAAAGCAGAGAUUACCCUGUUCUUGCCAAGUUCUUGCAGGACAGCACCAUCGCAAUUCGAGACGAGAUACGACAAUUGCCAACAAGCUUGCGGCUACAGAUCCCCACCUUUGAGACCAUUCUCACGUUCAUAGACUUCUCAGAUUUACGAAAAGGCCCAUUGUCGGGAUCGGUUGAUGGCCUGCUACUCUGUAUUGCCGAGCUUGGAACCCACAUUAGUCGAUACGAGAGCGAUCCUAGCGCAUUCAAUCAUGCAAACGGAAACAUUUAUCUGGCAGGCCUGGGUAUCGGCCUCCUUACCGCUCCGGCAUUGUCACUGGCGAAGACAGUGUUCGAUAUUGCGACUAUCGGAGUUCAGGUCAUGCGACAAGCAUUUCGUCUAGGCGUUUUAGUCCACGAAGUUUCGCAGAACCUACAACAUGAUGAUUAUGAAGAAGACGCUCCUUUGGAAUCCUGGGCUUACGUCGUACCCAAUGUAGACGCAAGUGCUGUCCAGAAGCAGCUGGACACAAUGCACAAGGCUAAGUCUACUUUCGCAAAGAGUACCCCCGAAGCUGCCAGGAUCUUCAUAAGCGCCUAUUCUGAUACCUCCGUUACGAUCAGUGGGCCUCCUGGAAGGCUUAAGAAUCUAUUUCGAAUGGAUGAUUUCUUUCGCGACCUAAGACAUAUUGCGUUACCAGUCUACUCUGGUCUAUGUCACGCUCCCCACGUAUACUCUGACGCGAACGUGAAGACAAUUGUUACUACGCCCUCGCUGCAGCGGAUAAACUCCAUGUUCACCCCCCAGCACCCUAUUUUCUCAACCAGUACUGGUCAGCCUUUUGAUGCGACAGACGCGCUCGGCUUGUUUGAACAAAUAAUCAAGGAGAUUCUCACAAAGUCCAUCCACUGGAACAAAGUGAAGCAAAGUUUGAGGCAAAUAGGGGAGAAAAAUCCCAAACGCGGGGUGCAGCUACAAGUAUUUCGAACAUCGAUGCCUUUCGUAGAGCUCACUGAGGCGUUCAAGAAGAUUCCAAACCUAAAACAGUCCGUCGAGGAGCUGGGGAUCUGGAUCAAUGACAAGCCUCGCGUUUUGGAUGAUGUCGAUUUGGACCCGAGUGCCACCGACAAGCACCCAACAAAUCAAAAGAUCGCUAUCGUAGGGAUGUCUUGCCGAAUGCCAGGUGGGGCGACCGAUACGGAGAGGUUCUGGAAACUACUUGAGCAAGGCUUAGAUGUGCACCGGAAGAUACCUGCUGAUAGAUUUGAUGUUGAUUCUCAUCACGAUCCCACUGGAAAGCGUAUGAAUACGUCAAUUACUCCCUAUGGAUGUUUCAUCGAUGAACCGGGUCUAUUUGACGCGCCAUUCUUCAAUAUGUCCCCUAGAGAGGCGCAGCAAACAGAUCCAAUGCAGCGCCUUGCCCUAGUCACCGCGUACGAAGCGUUAGAAAGAUCUGGUUAUGUGGCAAAUCGGUCGGCAUCAACGGAUUUGCAUCGAACAGGAACAUUCUAUGGCCAAGCAAGUGACGACUACCGUGAGGUCAAUUCUGCGCAGGAGAUUAGCACAUAUUUCAUACCCGGCGGAUGUCGCGCUUUCGGACCCGGAAGAAUCAACUAUUUCUUUAAAUUCUCGGGACCCUCCUAUAGUAUUGACACGGCCUGCUCUUCCAGUCUGGCUACUAUUCAGAGCGCUUGUACUGCCUUGUGGGCGAACGAGAUUGACAUGGCAGUGGCGGGAGGGACGAAUGUCCUUACAAACUCAGAUGCCUUCGCGGGUUUGGGUAAUGGUCAUUUUCUGUCAAAAACACCGAAUGCCUGCAAGACGUGGGACGCAGAAGCGGACGGAUACUGUAGAGCCGAUGCUGUUGCCUCCAUAGUUCUCAAACGACUGGAUGAUGCUGAAAAGGAUAACGAUAAUAUUCUAGGGGUUAUCCUCUCGGCCGCAACCAAUCACUCAGCUGAAGCAGUUUCGAUUACGCAUCCCCAUGCCGGCCAUCAAGCCUAUCUUGGAACUCUCGUUUCGAAUCGCGCUGCAAUUAACCCACUCGACGUCAGCUUUGUUGAAAUGCAUGGCACAGGCACGCAGGCCGGUGACGCUGAAGAAAUACAAUCGGUCACCAAUGUGUUUGCGCCCUCGAAGAAGCGUCGCAGUGCUAAGAACCCGCUGUAUAUAGGAGCAGUCAAAGCGAACGUAGGUCACAGCGAAGCCGCGGCUGGCGUAACUGCUGUCGUCAAGGUACUCCUCAUGUUGCAGAAGAACGCGAUCCCUCCUCACGUCGGAAUCAAAAACGAGAUCAAUCCAAGAUUUCACGAUAUAGGCAAGCUCAACGUUCGUAUACCAUACGAAAAAACAGCUUGGCCACGGGAGGAAGGCAAAAAACGUCUAGCUGUUGUGAACAACUUCAGUGCUGCCGGAGGAAACACCUGCAUCGCCAUUGAGGAUGCACCAGUGCGAAAAUCUCACGGCAUAGACUCGCGCCCCGUCCAUUCAGUUGUUGUUUCGGCCAAAAGUAAGGUUUCCUUGAAAGGGAAUCUGGAAAGGAUGGUUGCAUACCUAGAUGCGAAUCCAAGCAUCUCAUUGGCCGACCUUUCGUACUCCACCACGGCCCGUAGAUACCACCACAAUCACCGCGUGUCCGCAACUGGGUCCACCAUCGAACAGGUAAAAAAACAGCUCUCAACAGCACUUGGUGCUGCCGACUCACGGAAGCCCGUUCCGAGUCCGCCCCCGAUCGCUUUCGCGUUCACAGGUCAAGGAGCUUCGUACAAAUCGUUCAAUCUAGAGCUAUUCCAUGACUCCCCAUAUUUCCGGUCUCAGAUCAUGCUACUGGACGAUCUGGCUCGAGGACAAGGGUUCCCUUCAUUUAUUCCGGUGUUGGACGGAAGCUACCCUGAAAACCAUCAGCAUUCACCCGUCAUCACCCAGCUUGCACUCUGCUGCACAGAAAUUGCCCUGGCGCGGUAUAUGAACUCUCUGGGUGUGAGACCUGACGUUGUAGUCGGCCACAGUCUUGGUGAAUACGCCGCUCUACAUGUCGCGGGUGUUAUCUCCGCAUCCGACGCAGUAUUCCUCGUUGGAAAAAGAGCGCAGAUGCUGGAAGCUAGAUGCCGAGUGGGGAGUCACAAAAUGCUGGCCGUACGGGCUUCGGUGCAGAUGAUCGAAGAAAGCGUCAGCGGCAAAGACGUAUCAUACGAGAUCGCUUGUAUCAACGGACCUAAGGAAACAGUUCUCAGUGGCCCAGUGGAGAGAAUCGACAAACUGAUACCCAUCCUCGAGGGUAGUGGCUAUAAAUGUUACAGUCUCGAUGUGGCUUUUGCUUUUCAUUCAGCUCAGAUCGAGGAGGAUUUGCUAGAUGAUUUCGAGGAACUAGCCAAAGGGGUCAUCUAUCAGGCGCCAGCUGUCCCAGUGAUUUCUCCUCUUCUAAACAAGGUUGUAUUUGACGAGAAGACGCUGAAUGGUAAUUAUAUGCGCCGAGCCACGCGAGAGACCGUCAAUUUUUUGGCAGCCCUUGAAACAGCCCAGAGAAUUGGAACGCUGGACGACGAUACAACCUGGAUUGAAAUAGGACCUCACCCAGUUUGUAUUGGCUUUGUAAAGUCAACGCUCUCCCCAUCCACUGUUUUGGUGCCCUCUCUUCGUAGAGGCGAGAAUAACUGGACCACAAUGGCGAACAGCCUUGCGACACUGCAUUGUGCUGGAGUUCCAAUUGCUUGGAAUGAGUUCCAUGCUCCGUUUGAGAAGUCACUCCAGCUUCUUGAUCUGCCUACAUAUGCUUGGAACGACAAGAACUUUUGGAUUCAGUACCAUGGCGACUGGGCGCUGACGAAGGGGAACACCUACUAUGAUGCUGAGAAAGCGCAGCAGAAUCAGGUACCACAGCAACUAUCAGCGCGAGUAUCGGGAUUGAGCACCUCCACCGUGCAAAAUAUCAUCGAAGAACAUUUUUUUGGAACUUCAGGGACCGUUAAGAUGCAGUCUGACCUUGCUUAUCCUGAUUUCCGAGCGGCUGCUUGGGGACACAAGAUGAACGGAUGCGGUGUGGUGACAUCUUCUAUUCAUGCGGAUAUUGCCUACACCAUGGGCGAAUAUCUAUAUCACAAGCUUCGUCCAGGAAACGGUAGCAAAGACGUCAAAGUCGACAUCAGCAACCUCCAAGUCUUCAAAGGUCUCGUUGCCAACAGCGAUCCCAAUACUCCGCAAGUAAUUCAGGUUGAGAUUCAUACGCCAGACAUUACAUCCAACAGAGCUCAGAUGUCGUGGUACAAUGUAGUUUCUGGCACAAAACACGAUGAGCCUUUCGCAACAGCGAUUCUCAUGUACGGUCAGGCGACGGAUUGGUUGGCUUCAUGGUCACCACUUAAUCACCUGAUACAAUCACGUAUCGCCCAACUCGAUAGCCUAGCCAACUCUGGAGUAGCCAAUCGCUUUAGCCGGAGCAUGGCCUAUCUUCUAUUUGCGAACAAUCUCGUCGACUACCACGACAAAUAUCGCGGGAUGACCUCGGUGGUCUUGAAUGAGAUGGAGGCAUACGCUGAUGUUACCCUAACGCAGGAGAAAGGUGGCUCCUGGACCGUGCCGCCAUACUUUAUUGACAGCGUCGCCCAUAUCGCCGGGUUCAUAUGCAACGUCAGCGAUGCUAUAGACACCAAAACAAAUUUCUGUGUCACGCCUGGUUGGCAGUCCAUGCGCUUUGCGAAGCCCUUGGUGGCCGGGGCUAAGUAUCGCUCCUACGUCAAGAUGAUACCCGCGCCGGAAGACAACACGACAUAUUACGGAGAUGUGUACAUUUCGCAAGAUAAUGAGAUCAUGGGCGUUGUGAAGGGUAUAGAAUUUCACAGAUAUCCGCGGAUUCUACUGAGCCGAUUCUUCUCCGCUCCAGAUGACAAGAAGGCUCCUCCAGUUGCUUCUGCAGCUCCUGCGGCCCCUAAGGUUGUCGCUCCUGCCCGCACCGUGCCCACCGUCACAGCACAAGAGAAAUCGGCUCCCGUUACUGCCAGUGCGACAGCCUCAACAGCAAUAGUCCCGGAAGAACCAAAGGUCAAUGGUGUCAUCGCAGAAGAACCAGCAAAGGGGCUCAAUCCAGACAGCAUCACCGCCAAAGCGUUCAACAUCAUUGCCAAAGAAUCUGCUCUUGAUUUGGCCGAUCUCACCGACGAUGCGCAGUUUGCCAAUCUCGGCAUUGAUUCACUCAUGAGUUUGGUGAUAGCAGAGAACUUUAGAGAGCAGCUCGGUGUGGUUGUUAGUGGCAGUCUCUUCCUGGAGUACCCUGCAAUAGGAGACCUUCGUGCGUGGUUAGAAGAAUAUCACGGCUAG